AUGGGAUCCAGUGUUAGGUGGCCAGGCAAGCUCAACGCCGAAGCAAGAAGAGACACAACCAAGUGGUGUGAGUUUCACGGCGACCAUGGACAUAACACCCCAGAUUGCAUUGCCCUGCAUUUGGAGGUUGCCGCACUAUUGAAGAGGGAACAUCUCCGAGAUCUGCUGACCGAUAAAGGAAAGCACACCAUUAGCCAGAAAAGCAGUAAAGAAACUUCUCCACCCCCGCGAGAGCCCACACUAAAAGGCUUCUGCUCACUCAUCUCGGGGGUAAUUCAGUUCGAAGACGACGAGCCGAUCACCCAGGCCGCCCCUCAUCAUGAUGCUCUAGUUGUCUCUCUCCAGAUCGCAAAUAUUCUUGUGAAGAGGGUGUUCGUAGAUGGAGGGUCAUCAGCGAACAUUUUGUUCCUUACAACAGUAAAAGCUAUGGAUUUGGAAGAAGAAAACAUCAACAGAAGGCCGACCCUACUAGUUGGUUUUAGUUCUCAGCAGAAGUACACUAUCGGAGAGAUCGUCCUUCCUAUCUAUGCUAGUGGAGUAAAUAGACAGACAGACUUCCUGGUGAUAGACGCCCCUUCACCCUACAAUGUCAUCUUGGGCCGACCUUGGAUCCACGACAUGCGAGCAGUCUCAUCCACUUUCCACCAAACAAUCAGGUUUCCUUCCAAAUGGGGAGUACGAGAAAUCAAGGGCGACCCGAAAGCUUCCAAAGAUUGUUACAAGAACGCCUUCAAGGGCAAGGAUAACGCUUCAUAA